AUGCUGAUGUUGAUACUAGCAGCAGUGACUACCAUGGUCAGGGCUCAAGAUUUGAAUCAAGAAUUGUGCCGGCCGUACACAGUGAGGACCGGGAAAGUGUUUGAAUCCAGUAUACAACUUGAAGGGGUUCCACUGUUCUAUGCCUUCCCCAAUACGUUUGUGCUCAAGAACAUUUGCAUGGAUAAAACGGCCGUGUAUCUAGGGCAGCACGUUUUCUUGACAACAAACAACUUUGACUUCAGCAUCUUGCCGCUCACCAUUCCCAAUGAGAUUGUGGUGGGAGAGCCAUCAGUCACGAGUGCCCACUUCAUCUCCAAAUCGGUGAUACUGUUUGUGAUCAGUGGAGGAAUCUACAGUUACAAUUUCAUUGAGAGCACCUGGCGUAAAUCGGAAGGUAUGUCAGAACCUGUCUCUCACAUUAGUGGUGACACUUGUUGUUUUAAAGGCUCCUUUUGCCUGGAGUUGACCAGUAGCCUGUUUGCAUAUCUCCGUGGUGGCCAGAUGCCUGGGACCAACAUAUAUUUCUCUGAAAAUGGAGGAUUCACAUUCCGUCUCAUGGAUACUGACAAACUGAGUCACCUGAAAGGGACACUAGGAGGCAUCUUCCACUUACAUUCCAUGUCUCAGGUGGGGAUACUCAUGGUUGAAAAUGAUGUGGGCAUGUUUCAUUACAUGGAAUACCCCCUGAACCAUAGCAUGGGCAUACCCUUUUCAUAUAAGAAUCCCCUUGAAGUCAUCCUGAAACCACAUCAGAGGGGGUUUCUGAUCCUCUGGAAUCAGACAAGUAUAUUGGUAUCCUCCAAUUCAGGCCAGAUUGUUGAAUCCGUGCGGUUGAAACAAGGCAAGAGCUUUACAAACUUAGAUGUCGAAAGUGCCAACAAGACCAUCUAUAGCGUCGCCUCAAAUUCUUUUGAGAUGGCUUUUUUGGUAGUAGAAAACGAUCUCUACUAUGGAAGUCAGAAUUACAUGGGAAGCUACAUAAUCCAUCUGUCUGAAGAAGCUUUUUGGUCGAAAGAUGUGAGCAUCUAUUUUGAGAACACUGGCAUGCUGCAGAUCCUCACCCCUAUUGCUGACCCAAAUUUUGCAGCAUUUGACUUCAAAAAGUGUUUGGUGAAUGUUCAGGAUGCACUCAUGAAGGAAAGCCUGCAGCUUAAACCAUGUAAUGUGGAACUUCUGGAAAGCACCAUGGUAAAUAAUAUGUUCACGAUAGACAUGAAUAGCAAGCUAAGACUGUCUGCCCUCAUGAUACCCCGGAUGGGCGAGAGCCCCAUUCCACUGGUCAUGGUCAGCAACCCCCACGCCCUGGGGUUUAAGGCGAGACUCAAUAAUUAUGGCAACACGUUUGAUGGCAACUUUAAGUACAAACUGGAUAUUGAACUCCAACAGCAGCACCACUGGGGCAACUCAGAGUUCAACUUCACUGCCAACAUCAAGCGCCAGGCCAUCUCCUCCAUAACCGUGGACAUAGCUGACAAGGCACUUUCGUGUGUGGACCUGAAACCUGUGUCCACGCUCAUCUCGGUUGGCUGUGACAUGACAAAGAAAAUUGUUGUGCAAAACAAAAUCUCCGCCUGCACCAUGGGAAUCCUCAACCCAGUGCAGCUGCAGAAGAACUAUACUUACAGGAUUGAGAAGGAAGCAUAUGAAUCAAUCAACCACCUUGGCCAAGCCCAGGGUGACCUGAUCGUAUUUUACGAGUACAAGGACCUGGGCUGUCCCCGCCUCGUCUACUACGACAAGCCGUGGAAACCUGUGGUGGAAUUGUGGAAGAAUGGGAUUCUAGAAGAAAUCAUGGAUGCAGAGUAUGUCAUCUUGGAGGUGAAUGGAGUAAUCAGCUAUUCGUACUCCUUGACGGCCGCCACUGCAAACUGCCGGUCACAGCCUCAGAACUGGAGCACCUUUGAGUCGGACAUGGAGAGCCAGCAUUCGUCGAUCUGGAACAGAGAGAAUUACGUCAGCUGCCACGAGGUCAACCAGGACAACCCCCUGCUGUGGCCGAAUGUCCAGUACCAGGUCUUAGGCGGCCGGACAGACAACAGGGUUAUUUUUGGCCAAAGAAAUGGAAUCUACACCUUCCAUCUGUCUGUGGUGGACCCAUUCUACAGCUACUGUAACCUGAACACCAUAUUCAGCGUGUAUGUAUACGGGGCCUUACCGACGACCAAGUUCCAGCCCCUGCUCAGCAUCUUCCUGGUUGUGACCACGACGCUGCUGCUGGUGUGGCUGGGCUAUGCGAUCCCCAAGCAGCUGAGGACGGAGAGAGGCCAGCGGCUUUUGGGCUUCUGCUCCCAGAUCUGCCAGUACUGCCUAGGCAUCUGCACCUGUGCCUGGCUUCGUGGCAAACUGAGAAGGGGGCUUCGCUCCAGAAGGGUGAAGGACCAGUCACAGAAAGUCCUACCAACACACAAGACGUCAGACAGACGGACACAGUCAAAGACAUUGGGGCCUCCCUAGACUCAGAGUGAGCCCCGUGAGGGGCCUCUCGCCUCCAUGUGUGUCCUUGUUGGCUUUUGUC